AUGCAGUCUGGCUCAGCUCUUUUGGCCUCCCUUCUGCUGCUGGCCCUGGUGCUUCCAGGACAGCUUCAGGCCAAGCAGUACGCACAUGCCACUGAAGAUGAAGACAUCCACACUCCAGAACGGAGUCCCAUGCUGGAGUCCAGGAAUCCCGGUGUCCCUGCAUCCCCGUAUGACAACCCAGCCUUCAACCUGCUACACCUGGGGCUGGAAGGCGCACAGGAGUUGGCAGCUCAGUUUAAGGCCGGGGGAGGUGUCAGUGGGGCCUCGGACCUCCUCCACCAACUCCAGAACCAGGUGACUAACGUCAGUCUGACCCUGAAGCUUCUGGCUGACUCUGACCACCAAAGCUUCCGUGCCCUCCAAGAGGAGGUGGACAUCCUUGAGGGGCAACUGAGUGAGUGCGAGCGGGAGAAGGAACAGGAACAGUCUUCCAGACACCCUGGUCCACCCCUGGCCCCUGGUUCCUGCGCUCAUGGAGGCCUGCAGAAAGUGGGCAGACCCCUUGUGCUGAAGCUCAAUUGGAGGGGUUUAUCAUACAAGGCGGGUGCCUGGGGCCGUGACUCCGCACCCCGUCCGGCUUCUUUCCUUUACUGGGUGGCUCCUCUGCGCUCUGAUGGCAGGUACUUUGACUACUAUUGGCUGUACAGAUCCUUUGGUGACCUGGUACUGCGGAAGCACUAUGAGCAGUGGAAGAUGGGAUAUGGCGAUGGCAGUGGCAAUGCCGUGUACAAGAACUUCAUGUACUUUAACUACUACGGCACAAGAGACAUGGCCAAGGUGGACCUCUCCUCCAACACCCUAGUGUUACGGCGUUCACUGCCAGGCGCCACUUACAACAACCGCUUCUCAUAUGCCGGGGUGCCUUGGACGGACUUAGAUUUUGCUGGGGAUGAGAAGGGGCUUUGGGUGCUCUACGCCACAGAGGAGAGCAAGGGAAACCUGGUUGUGAGUCGCCUCAAUGACAGCACCCUAGAGGUCGAGCAGACUUGGCAAACUAGCCAGUAUAAGCCCGCGCUUUCGGGGGCCUUCAUGGCCUGUGGGGUGCUCUACGCUUUACGCUCGCGGAGCACGCGUCAAGAGGAGAUCUUUUAUGCCUAUGACACGACCACUGGGCAGGAACACCACCUCAGCGUCUUGCUGGACAAGAUGCUGGAAACACUGCACGGCAUCAAUUACUGCCCUUGGGACCACAAGCUCUAUGUUUAUAAUGACGGAUUCUUAAUAACUUACGACCUCGUCUUCCAGACACUAAAGCAAAAGCUGCCAAGCUCUCCCAUCAAAAGGCCUUCUGGGGCUCCAGCUCUAUCCACCCCUACCAAGUCCCCCCAGGCCAGGAGAUUCCAAUACUCACCAGGGCCCUAG